AUGACUCCUUUGGCACGGGUCGCAGAACAGGAGGUGGCUUGGGUCAGGAUGAUACCAUCGGAGACUCAUCUUACACUGGCGGUAGAACCACUGGAGACACCGAAUACGGUGAGCCUAGACCCAAGGAGAAAAACGCGCUUCGAGCUGAACGACAGCACAGGCCUAGGCAGCGGCAGAACCGGGGCUCAAGCCGCUGGUGGGUUCGGAGAAAGCGAUGACACAUAUGGCUCUGGCAUCGGUGGCGAUAACACAGGCCGUCGUGGAGACGACUUUGCCUCCUCUGGCCGUACCGGUGGCGGACUAGGCGCAGACGAUACCUACGGAAACCCAACUUUGACCGGUGGCAGAAGCACGGGCCGGGACAACGAAUACGGCAUGGGUAGUGGUCGAUCCGGAGCUCAAGCUGCUGGUGGCUACGGCCAAGCCGAUGAUACCUACGGCUCGUCUGGUCGCACUGGUGGUGGCUUUGGUGAUGACAGUACCCGUCUUCGUGGAGAUGAUUUCGAUUCAUCUCGCGGCACGGGCGGCGGACUUGGUCACGACGACACAUACGGGGACUCGACCCGUACCGGCGGCAUCGGUACAGGCCGCGACGACAACUAUGGCGUCGGUACAGGCCGCACCGUUGAGCAAGAGCGUGGUGGCAUUGGUGGGGACAUCGGUGGGGAAAGCUAUGAUGAUAACGAGCGCGGAGGCGGCAAGAAAGAUUCUACCACAGGCAAGCUGCUCGAGAAGGCGGGCGGGCUGUUCAAGAGCAGUAAGAUGGAAGAGCGCGGUGCAGAGAAACGACGCGAGGCAGGCGGCGGUGACUAUUGA